CCUGAAUGUGGCCCUGGGCUGCGUUCCAAGCCGUCACACUGACUGCAACUUUUUACUCAGACGUUUCAAUUGUGACAUAAAAUGUUGUCAAAAUUGACAUUUGUUGCACCUUAGCACCUGAAGAGGCCCGGUUUGGAAUGAAUGACUGAUUGAUUGCUUGGUAGUGGUAGUAGUAAACAAAAUAUUUAUCGCAUUAUUACGCAUAUUAUAUUCAAAAUAAAUUUACAGUAGUUGCAUCAACAAAUGUAGUUUUUUAACAAUGAUGUCUGCAGCUCUUAUUUUUAGAAUAAAAUGAAUAGCUUAAAUAUGCCGGAAGAUUGUGCACAACAGUGGGAGAUAAUACUGUUACUCUUAUCAGCUGAAGAGAAAAAAAUAGACAGAACUGAUGAUACUGAGAUAGAUACUAUGAGCUAUUUCUACAGUAAUGAAGGUGUGAGAAAAAUACUCUUGCAUUGGCUACAACAAAUGCAAAAAAAAUAUGCCAGAAAAGUUAGUGAAACUGAUACAGCAAGGAAAUGUGAUGAAGUGUCACUUUUUUGGCGUCAGAAAGGGAAUGACAAAUUUCGUGCCAACCGUGUCGAGGAAAGCUAUAGGUGUUAUUGUAAAAGUGUUUUGUAUGCAAGCCAGGAAGGAGCUAUGUAUCCACUUGCAUUAGCUAAUCGUUCUGCUGCAUUACUAAGAGCAAAGAGGUUCCAGGAAUGUCUAUCUGACAUAAAGUUGGCUCUAGAGAGCGGUUAUCCUAGAGAGCAGAGUCACAAAUUGUUGCUCCGAAGGGCAGACUGCCUUAUUGAAUUGGGGAAUCAAGAGGAGGCUAGUGCUGCCCUUGUUGCAGCCUCCGAACACGCAUGCAGCUUACAGCUAGCACCUUCACAUGCAGCUGAAUUUGACCGUCACAUCAAGAUUUUGGAGAAGAAACUAGAGGCCUUAGGUACCAUAGAAAAAGAGGCUGAUGUGACACUGCCUACAUGCUACAAAGGAGAAAAUGUUAAUUUUAAUGCAGCAUCUAAUGCUCUUGAACUCAGGCGCAGUGAAUCGUGCGGUCGAUACGUAGUGGCUCGGGAGGCGACGCGCCGCGGGGACGUUUUGUUUUCGGAAGAGCCUUACGCGUGGGUGACUCUGCCCAGGGACGACCUCCAGCGUCACGCCUGUGAAACGUGCUGUCAAUCAGAAAUAAACCCUGUGCCUUGCGCAUCGUGUUCGCGCAGCGUCUACUGUGGCGCAGAAUGUAGAACACGCGGUGCUCGGCUCUUCCACCAGUGGGAAUGUGAGGCCGCACAGUCCAAUAUAUUUCCCACUAUCGGCAUCGCACAUCUUGCGUUAAGGGUCUUGCUAAUAUCGGCAAGCGAAGGAUUCCCCCGGGCGCCGGGCGAUUCAGAGCCGACGACUGCGAGCGAACUCUUCGCUGCGUAUACUAACGUAGACAAUGUGCACAUAUACAGGCGGGAUACGCCCCCCUUCUACAGGAUGUUCAAUCUUAUAACUAACUUCGACAAGAUGAACAAUAGCGAUUACAUACAGUACGCUGUGACGGCGACAAUGCUGACCCUAUACCUGGAGCACUGGACGUCAUUCUUCGAGUACCUGUCUACGCGCAUCCCUCACGCGUUGUCCGCCACGCACGUGCGUUUGUUCGCCGCCGGCCUGUUGCUGCGAGCGAUGGGACAGCUCGUCUGUAACGGACACGCGGCUUUGACGCUUGCGACGUUCGACGAUGAAGAUAGACCCGAUGAGGGUCAAUCUGUGACUGUGUCAGAACGUGAGGUGCGACGCGCGACCGCCAUCUACCCUUCAGCGGCGAUGAUGAAUCAUUCCUGUGACCCUAACAUUAUUAACACUUUCUACAAAGGCCGCUUGGUAGUCGUUUGCGCUCGGGAGAUUUGCGCAGGCGGCGAAGUAUUGAACUGUUACGGGCCGCACCGCGCGCGCGAGCCCGCCUGCCAUCGUCGGACUGCUUUGAGGGCGCAGUAUAUGUUCAACUGUGCGUGCGCCGCGUGCUCGGAUGCCGACCGAAGGGACUUUGUGUACUUAUUCAGCGCGUACGCAUGCCAAUCGUGCAAAGGGCCCGUGGUGUGCAACGUUAACGCUAGCGGUAGCACUCGUUGCGCUCAAUGCGGGGCAGAUUUCCGUAUAGAACGCGCCAUGGAAACCCUGGAAUGCGCCAAAGAGUUGUUAGUGGAAGCGCGUAGAGCCUCCACGCCUUUUGAACGAUGCGAGAAGGCGCAUGCCGCACUGAGGCUCCAGCAACAUGUUUGGCAUCGACAUCAUACUUCGCUGAGAGAGUCCGCGGAUAAACUGGCGAGGCUUUAUGCUGAUCAUGGUGAUUUCAGUAAGAGCGUAGAACUAAUUAAACAGAAUAUCCAGAGUCUCGAAUACCAGUUCGGGUCGUUCAGCGCAGAAGUAGCUCAUGAGUUACGGAAACUGUCGGACGUGAUGCUUGAGAGGAUAAUGUCUUCGCCGCACACCGCUGAUUACAGGGACUGGUGUCUCGAAACGCACAAGAUAAUCAAGAAAGCCGUACAACUCACGGAACUGAAUUACGGCUCGUGGGAGCCUCUAGUGAGACGCCUCAAGUACAAUGAGGAAUACGUGGCUUCGUUGCUCGCCGACAAUAGUUCUUCGGACGUUGUAGAUAGCGUCCAUCAUAAUCUCCACUACAACCUCAAGAUAUAGAAACUGGCAAAUUUAAAAAUCUCUUAAAAUAAAGAGUGAGAAAACUUUGUUUGUCGACAAUAGUUCUUCGGGCGGCGUAGAUAGGGUCCACCAUAACCUCAAUUACAAUCUUAAGAUUUAAUCACUUUGUGAAAAGUAAAACCUGGACUAAAACUGUUGCUGUCACUUUUGAAAAAAAAAGCCUAAUAACAAUACGUAGACUAAUGAUAAACCUGGACUAAAUUUGAUGCUAUCACUUUUGUUUAUCAAAAAUAAGACAGAGACAACAUUAGAUUUAAACCGAGACUAACUUUAGUCCGAGUUUUGGAAUAUGCCAAUGGUGGUUAUCUUCACUCCACUUUUGUAUAAGCUUCGUUAUUCGCCGACAAUAGUUCUUCGGACGUUGAUCAUCCACUAUAACUUCCACUACAAUCGUAAGGUUUAGUCGCUUUGGAAAAAGUUAAAACUUGGCUAAAACUAUUGCUGUCACUUUUGUUACAGCAUCAGUUUUAGUCAGACACGGGUAUGAAAUUUGAAAACAUUCUAGACAGUCAAAAAUCAACCAAUAUAUUGAUAAUCAAUGGGCCUCCUUUUCGCUUGGUCUAUCGCACACCAAAGUACCCACUUUUACUUGACAUAUGUUAAAGGAACGUGCAGACUAUUGUCUAUGAAAUUUAUAAACUCCGACCUCAAAAUUAAUGCAAUAAAUGUGUGCCUAU